CAGCAGUUUGACAAAGAGAUCGCAAAAAUAUUAAACAUGAUCAUAAUAAGUAUUGCUAUUUAUUUAAUAAUUAUUUGUCCUACUUACUUUGUGCGCUUAAAUAUACUUUUUAUUUAUUUGGUUUAUCUACACUGUGGAUGCACAUAUGUGUGUGUAACAUAUUAUUUUGGUAGAAUCAUUAUUUUAUUUUAUGUCAAUAUUUCAUUGUUUGAUAAAAAAAAAGUGAUUGAUUUUGUGUCAUCGGAUCAUCACCAGACUGAUAAAACGUUUAAUAUUCUUUAUUGUUUUGCAAAUCAAUUUUAAAAGAAGUAAAAUAUAGCUCAAAUUAAUUUUAGGUUAAAAUUAAUCUAUGAUCCUUAAAGUGUUUAUAGUAUGUACAGUAAAUGUCGCCAUUUCAGAGGACAAUCUCUAUAUAUAUAUAAAACACAAUUAAUCUCAAACAAUUAUGUAUAUAUACAUGAUUGUUUAAGAUUGAUUGUUUUUUGGUUUAGGCAAACCAAGUUAAAAAAAAAGAUUGUAUGACAGAUUUGCUUGAAAAACAAAUUAAACAGAAAUAUUAACUUUUAACAUGAACCAUUUUGAGAAUUGUACCUUUAUUAAUAAACCUAAUUGAAUUUUAUUAAAUCAAGCAAGCUAAAUAUACUAGAAUUAAAACAAAGAAUUUUAUAAAAUCUUUCAAAGUAAUCUAACCAAAUUUGAUGAUGUAAUUUUAUAACAACCCAUGCUGAGGUGUGGGAAGGUCAGAUAUAAUCAAAAGGGAGAUAUAAUCAGGAUUUUAUCAUUGACAAAGCUGAUGUCAGUUGAGUUCUGAGUUUGUUUCACUCGAGGCUCAGCACAGCUGGAAAAGGCCACAGUGUGUAUCUGGGUAAAAACCUAAACCUCAGGCUCUGGAUUCCUAACUGAAUCACACAGGUGUGUGUGUGUGUGUGUGUUGAAACCACACUGCAUCGUAUAGAAGACACAGUAGAGAAUAAAACAAAACUGCAUCCAACAAAUGACAUCUGUUCUUCCUCGGCCUGUAAUCUUUCGUUUGAAAUGCCUCGCUCUUUUCUGGUCAAGAGCAAGAGGGCAGGGUCACAUUCCUCGCGUCCUGCCCACUCCCGCACCUACCACUCUGAAGGGCAACUCGGAAACAUGUGCAGCUCCACCGGGGACAGAUCACCUGAUGCGCUAGCGCUCAGCCCCAAAUUGCCCUUGGCUCCCAGUUACCCCACUUCUCACUGGGUUCCUGUGGAAACCAACCCAGACAGCGCCUCCCAGGCUGAGACCUGGGGCAUCUGGAGAACAGCAGAUGAAAAGGCAGGUGAUAGUGAGCACCCCCCGGUGUCCACCACAGUGUGGUCUCCGCCACUGAGCCAUACGCUUAGCUCCCACAGGGAACAGGAACUGGAGCAACUGGUGCAGGUGCUGCUGAGCCACAGGCUGCAGGACACCUCCAGCACACCGCUGUGCGAAUGUCCCCUCUGUGAGAAGGUGUUGUCAUCAGCUGUUGGUUUGGUGACUCACCUGCGCAGGUCUCACAUCAACAGAGCCGGCGUUCCACUGACUGAGCCGGGUUUCAGCGCACAGCAUCAUGGCCUCCGACCCCCUGCUGGCUUCUACGGCAGGGCUAAAGAGCGCAGUUUUGUCUGUAAGGUGUGUGGGAAGGUGUUUAAACGCUCGUCGACACUCUCUACUCACCUGCUGAUUCACUCUGACACUCGGCCUUACCCCUGUCAAUACUGUGGCAAAAGAUUCCACCAGAAAUCUGACAUGAAGAAACACACCUUCAUACACACUGGGGAGAAACCCCAUGUAUGUGUGGUGUGUGGGAAGGCGUUCAGUCAGAGCUCCAACCUGAUCACUCACAGCAGGAAACACAGCAGCUACAGACCCUUCCGCUGCCUGCACUGCCCGCUUAGCUUCCAGAGAAAACUGGACCUGCAGCGCCACCUGGAAACACACUGCGGCGCUAACAGCAGCACGGCCUACCAAAGCAGCCUGAGUUAGCGCUCAAUGCUAAAAUAUCCAAACCUGCAAUGUAAAGAAAAUGUACUGUAUAUUCACCAUAAUAUCUACUCUCGUACUUCCCACUGUUCAUAUGCAAAUAAAAAAAAACUAAAAUGGGUCAUUUUCAUGUGCGUCACUGGUGAAAUCAACCAACGACAUCUUUUUUGAAGUAUAACAUUACCUGGCAGCUUAACACAUUGAGAGGAAAGUGCUAGCCCUCCUUUUCUACAUACACAUAACCCUAGCCAAAAUAAAGAGGGUUUUUUUUGUUGCCCCAU